UGUAGCUUCAAGGGUGUGCGCGCUCUCGAGACAGCAGGAAACAUGGCGGCGCUCAUGACUCUCACCCAGUUAUCGAGUGGAAACCCAGUUUACGAAGUCUACUACAGACAGGUGGAUCUGGGAAACACAGGGACAGUAGGAGCUGCAGAUGCUGCUCAGUUCCUGAAGAAAUCAGGACUCUCAGACAGUACCUUAGGAAAGAUCUGGGAUUUGGCCGAUCCAGAAAGGAAGGGCUUCUUGGACAAACGGGGUUUCUUUGUAGCGUUGAGGUUGGUGGCCUCAGCUCAGGGUGGCAACGACAUCAGUCUCAACAACCUCAACCAGACUCUAGCAGCACCAAAGUUUAGAGACACAAAUACUCCGUCGCUCAGCACAUCGCUAAGUACAUCUUCAUCUGAUUCCCACUGGGCUGUUAGGUCUGAUGAGAAAGGGAAGUUUGACGGCAUCUUUGAAAGUCUUCAACCAGUCAAUGGUCUUCUGUCUGGAGACCAAGUCAAACCUGUCCUGAUCAACUCCAAACUACCCUUGGAUGUGUUAGGAAGGAUUUGGGACCUCGGUGACGUGGACAAAGAUGGACACUUGGACAGAGAGGAGUUUUCAGUGACCAUGCACCUGGUGUACAGGGCCAUGGAGAAGGAGCCUGUCCCCUCCGUCCUGCCCUCCUCCCUCAUCCCUCCAUCCAAGAGGAAGAAGUCUGGGGGCGCUCUGCCUGGCGCCGUCUCCGUCCUGCCUCCCAUCUCUCCUCCUCUCAAAGAGACCCUACACUCCACACCGUCCCACGGAAGCAUCACCUCCAUCAACAGCACUGGCAGUCUCUCCCCUAAACACUCGUUCAAAGCCCCCUCACAGCCACCAGCAGUAGUGAACUGGGUGGUCCCGGUGGCAGACAGAGGACGUUACGAUGACAUCUUCCUGAAGACGGACACAGACAUGGACGGUCUUGUCACCGGAGGGGAAGUCAUGGAGAUCUUCAUGCUAUCCAACCUUUCUAAGACCAUGCUAGCACAGAUCUGGGGCCUGGCUGACACCAAGCAGAUAGGACAGCUGUCUAGAGAGCAGUUUUCUUUGGCCAUGUGGCUGAUCCAGCAGAAAGUCACCAAGGGACUGGACCCUCCCCAGACCCUCACAACCGAAAUGAUACCACCGUCUGAGAGGACCACCACCCCUGUGCCUGACAGCAGCAGUUCUACAGAGUCCGCUGACCUGACAGGCAUCAAAGAGCUGGAUGACAUCAGUCAGGAAAUCGCCCAGCUGCAGAGGGAGAAGUACACUCUGGAGCAGGACAUCAGGGACAAGGAGGAAGCCAUCAGACAGAAGAACAAGGAAAUUCAGGAGAUGCAGGGUGACCUGGACCAGGAGAGCGGUGGUCUGCAGGACCUGGAGGCCCAGAAGCAGGACGCUGAGCAGCAGCUGGAGGAGAUGGACCAGCAGAGGAACAAGCUGGAGGGCAUGCUGAAAGACGUUCAUCGGAAGUGUCAGGACCAGUCCACGCUGAUCUCAUCCUUACAGACCCAGAUCCACAGCCAGGAGUCUGACCUGCAGAGUCAGGAGGAUGAGCUGAGCCGUACCAAGUCUGACCUGAACAAACUGCAGUCGGAGGAGAACCAGUUAGAGCAGAACCUGCUGGCCGGACGCAUGCAGCUAGACUCCAUCAUCAAGUCACUCAAGGCCACCCAGGAUGAGAUCAACCAGGCUCGUAGUAAGCUUUCUCAGAUCCAGGGCAGUCAACAGGAUGUGACGAAGACCAUAGAGCAAUACAACAACGCUCUGAACGGAAUCCACGGCCAGACACAUGCUGGCAGCAUGACCAACCUGGCAGACAUGAGCGAAGUAGGAUUCUCAGAGAGGGAGAACGGAGGAUUUGGCGCCAGGGAGGACUCUUUCAAAUCGAAGAUAGCCAUGUUCAGCAGCAACAAAUCAACACCAGAGCCCCUUCCUGCAGCAGACCCCUUCCAGACAGAGGACCCCUUCAAAUCAGACCCCUUCAAAGAUCCAUUUGGAGCAGAUGAUCCCUUCAAAGAGUCUGAUCCAUUCAAGGGUGCUUCCUCAGACUUCUUCAAGAAAACGACCGAUCUGUUCGCCUCAGCAGAUCCCUUCAGUAGAAAACCUACUCCCCCCAUCAAGCCCAGUGGCAGUCUGUCUGGUAGCAGGGAUCUCUUGACCUCCCACAGCCCCAAGCCUACAGAUGGUUUCGGAACAGUGGACCCUUUCGGUGGCAACGCUUUUGGAGGAAAAGGUGGAUUCGCAGACUUCAGUCAAAUGUCCCACAAGAAGCCAAGCAACCCUGUGCUGCCACCCAAGAACGUGCCUAACAGACCUGCACCUCCAUAUGGACUUGGGUUGGGUGGUGGAGGUGCUGCUGCUUUGGAAAAACCAAGGGACCCUUUCCAAAUUCAAAACACCUUUGGAGACGCAUUUAGCAGCAUAAAAGAUCCUUUUGCUCUUCCGCGUGUCUCCAGCAAAGCUACUUCUAGAGGGUUUGGUUCUUUUGGAAGUGAAUCGGAGCAGCUGGCGUGGGCGACGAGGGAGAGCGAGCGGGAGGAACAAGAGAGGCUGAGGAGACUCCGCCUACAGGAACAGGAGGACCUGGAACUGGCCAUCGCCCUCAGCAAGGAUGAAAACUAAAAAACCCUGUCACAGACUCGCAAACAAUAACCACAACCCUGUUACACACUCGCAACAAUAACCACAACCCUGUCACGGACUCUCAACAAUAACCACAACCCUGUUACACACUCGCAACAAUAACCACAACCCUGUUACACACUCGCAACAAUAACCACAACCCUGUCAUGGACUCUCAACAAUAAC